UUCGCAUCUCUGCUUUGUGGUUCCCUACUACUGUAUGUAGGGUCAACUGUGUGCAGUCAAAUUUCCAACAUUACCAGAAAUUCUGGUAUUGAAUUUGUAUUCACAAUUUAACAUUAGUCUUUGAUUCACCGAUUGCAUUGUAUGCUGUGAAGAUCUGCGGGUAGACCUAUACUUCACUACUGUAACGAAGUAUUAAGCAAAAUUAUGGAGUCUUCAUACGUUGACAAUGCCGGCAAUGGAACCGAUACUUCAUUGAUGGUGUCCGCUGGAGUUAUAAUCACGUGGAUUUUGGCCGUACUAACCGUUUUUGGCAACAGUUGUGUUAUUCUUGCUUUCAUCACCGAAAAAUCUCUUCAUAUGAAUCCUGCCAAUUUCUUCAUCUUAAAUCUUUCUGUUGCCGACUUCCUGACUGGCGCCAUAUCAUUCCCGCUUAACAACCUUUGGCUGAUGUUCGGUCGGUGGCCAUUCGGGGAAGCUGUGUGUAAAAUGUGGCUGAUAGUCGACUACACAGCAUGUGCUGUUUCUGUUUGUGGCAUUAUUUUGAUAAGUUUGGAUCGCUACUGGAUGUUGAAGCUAAAGAUGAAAUACCGAAAGUUUCAAACAACAAAACGCGUCACCGUGAUGGUACUCACAACAUGGACUAUCUGCAUACCAUUCUAUGGGAUUCCAACUUUAUUUUGGGCUAAGUUCACAGGUGAAAAUACAGUUGAUUAUUCAGAAGAUUGUGAAAUGGAGUCAGAACAAAAUCUGGCUUAUAAUGCAUUUAUCGUUUGCGUCGAGUUCCUCAUACCUCUACCAAUCAUUGUGUAUUUGAACGUAGUUGUCUACCGCGAGAUACGCGCUCUCUCGCGAACCACUCCUGAUGGCAACCCAUCGAGCAGGCAUUCAUCAAUCCUUAGUAUAGUUCAAGUUGGAGAGACUGAUGCCACUAUUUCAACUAAGGUAGAUAAGUACUGGGGAAUGGCGUCAAAUCAAGGCGCCGGACCAUCCAGACACAGAAUAACGGUUGCCACUCUUUUGCAGAGGCACCGAAAGGCGGCAGUGACUCUAGCGGCACUAAUCAUUGCUUUUGCAAUAUGCUGGACUCCAUACAACAUAAUCCUACUCUGGAGUAUAAUUUGUGACGAUUGCUUCAAUGACAGUGUUUGGGAGACAGUCAACUACCUCUUGUGGAGUAACUCUGCCAUCAACCCAAUUCUAUAUGCACUAACAAAUACGAAAAUUAGAAAUACUUUCUAUAAAUUUCUUGGUAUGAAAUAUUUCAAAAGAAUGAUCGGUCUAAAAUAAAUAUUAACAGGACAAUCUAAGAUUACAAAUCCUCGCUCUCUGUUGCACCAUAUCUAUAUAGUCGAUUCGCUCGAUACCGUGCUGGCUAUUUUAUACAUACCUAUCAAGUGAAGUGUAACAGAGCGGUAACGGUGCACGUAUUAUGUGUAAAGUUAAUUGACUGUAUGGGGUUCAAAUCUCUCUCUUGUUUUUGUUUUGUUUAUUAUUA